AUGGAUAAUCCUCAGCAUUACCAGCCCUUGUCGCAUGCAUUGCAUCCCCCGUUAGCUCCUUCCCAAUCGCGGUCACCAUACAACGGGGCAGUGCCAGUGUUCACCGCACAUGAACCCCGCACUGACACCGGCCGAGAAGAAGAAGAGGAGGAGGAGGAAGAACAAGAAGAGGAGGACGAAGGCAUCGUUGAGAAAGAGUUGAACCGACACGAAGGUGAAACUCAGCCCAGCAAUCCGUCGUCACCACCCAGACCUACAACCAGCAGCCGCAAAUUCAGAAUGCUGGCCAGCAGCCUGAGCCAAAACGACGCCCAGGGCGACCAAGAGGAUCGAAGAAUAGGAAAGUACGCAUCUCGCAAGGCGGUCGCGAUGCAGCUCCUCCCCCCUCGGGACCACCACCACAUCCGGACAUUCAUUCAUCGAAUCACAUACUACGAAUCCCAUGGAGAAUCUGAUCUCUGUGCAGAAUUCUACGGCGCAGCGGAGGAGCUCGUGCUCGCAAACCCUGCCCAAUUGGUGUCCAACCCCCAUCCACCACCUCCAAUGUACCCCGUGAUACCCGGUCUCUAUCCUCCCCCACCUCCUGGUGUUAUCCCAACCGCCACCCCAGGUGCAUCAACUAGCAAGCAACCCUCUGCGAUACCUCCUGCUACGGUCAUUACUAACCCUCAGAGUUUCGUAGUCCCGCUGGGUGGCCAGCCAGGCUUCCCCCCUCCUCAAUAUCCCGUUUACGGUGCCGGUCAAUAUCCUACUAGCCCCUAUUACCCAUUCCCUUUUUCCCAGCCAUAUUAUAGCGCCCAACCUCCACCCGCAUCCACGAGUGCUGCGCCAAGUACAAACACUCCUCAGCCGCCAGCUACAGCUACUCCACCAACAGCAGUACCAGCUGCAACUAGUGCCCCUGGGACUAGCACUCCUACUAACAGCACCUGGUCAGAGGAAGACGUCGAGAAGCUCAAGAAAUGGGCAGAAGAAAGCAAGGGUACGACUAGUACGGGAGAAAUCGACUGGGACUACGUAACAAGGAAUUUCGGUGACAAACGGUCAAGGCAUCAAGUCUUGAUUAAGGCCACUGCGCUUGGCUUAAAAGAGAGUUCUACUCGAGGUCAGAAGCGCCGUCGAGAUAAUGAAGGGGGUGAUGCAGUUAUGGGGUCCCUACCCACCCAGCCCUCCGGUAGUUCCUCAUCUGGAGUUCAACCUGUGGUAGGAUCCCCUUCACUCAGUCAACCUGCUUCAACGCCGUCGGCGUCUCCGGCCAUGCAACACCAGCAACGUCCUCCAUCGGCUCCAGCUACAACGCCAAGUGCUCCGGGAAAUGCGCAGAUUACGAUGACUCCUACGCCCGGCGUUACUACGAAUAUGCCCUGGCCGAUGCCGACGGUCGCUGCACCAACGUCCACGGGAGGUGUGCUGGGCUCUGCUAGUACUUCUCAGGAACCUCAGAGGACAAGUUAUUAUCGACCCCGUCCAACGCAAGGAGAUUCUGCGCCAAAGUCGGCAUCACAACAAAUACAUCAUUAUAUGUAUGUUCCCAAUGGUAGAGGAAGGGACACUGGUUGA